AUGACUCAUUCUUCUACCAUGCCAAAUUUUAGUCUUACAGGCGUUAAUAAAAUGUUGUUAAUGGUCGGACUGUUCUUGCUGGUUAUUGCAAUACUGUAUGCUUUCUGUGCCCAAAGUGGUGCCGGGACCAGCCCGGAAGUUAUUAUAGACGUAGACGGCGAUCUUGACGAUUUGAUGAACCGUUUGAUCAAGGAAGCGACUUGCAAAUCUAACUUAAUAGAUAACGAAGAAAUGCAAAAAGAUCUGCUGAAAAUGCUUUCCCUGAUUAAAGUUAAAAUCGAGAGUGAGCGCCAAGAGGAUCUAGUUGCACUUCGCUCAAAGUUUCUGGAAGCGUCCUUGCUUCUACGUAGUCCUAAGGUCGGAAUGACGGUUCCAAGAAUUAGAAAAGUGGCGAGCCUUCAAACUUUUAAAGGCCACGAGUCUGUGGUCGCAGUUAUGAGGUCUUCGCACCGAGUUAUUGAGAAUUAUUUAAAUAAUGGGGACAAAGAAAACGCAUUGCUUGAAAUUGACCAUAUCAUAUCAGCGUGAAAAAUCACCACUGUUGUUUAUUCUCUUAUAUAACACAGGAUAUUUAAUAUAUAUGUAAGUGUUCUAAUAUUCAAGGGCGCCAUGGUUAAAACGUAUAGGCUAUAUAUUGUAUUGCGUAGAAUAAAUGCUGUGUUGCAAAUUGAAAUACUUUUUAUGUUUAUAGCCCAUAAAUAAGCUGUUGCGGCCCAGGCAUGUUAUAAGCCCAAACUACAUAUGUUUAACCAACGCUUAAAGAUAUAUAGGUAUAUCUAUAAGCGUGUUUUUUUUUAUUUCUAUAGUGCGGUAAUUUUCCAUAUUGUUAGUAAUGGUACACUUCUUACUAAAGGUGUAUAAGGCUAUAGGCGUAUGUUAUACAGCUCUGUGAAACCUUGCCUGCUGGCUUUAAACCGAAUAGAGAGUCGAUCAAAACCGUUCAGUGCAUGUUCUUUUGUGAGAUUGUUAUAUCAAAACCGCUCACAGUAGGGUGGGAAGAAAUAAGACACUAUUUUAUGCUGUUUUCUCGUCCCAAAGGAAAUUCAAAGAAAUAUAAUACCGUAUCCUCACAACUGCUGUAGAGCGUUGUUAAUUGUUUAAAGUACAAUCAGAAUAUUUGGAUAUAAUGUGCUAAAGGUGUCCCGUUUUCCCCCAUCCUACCAUACCAAUUGUUUAAAUUUUGAGAUAUUGGGCAAUAUGUGCUAAAUAAGGUGUCCCGUUGCACCCCACCGUAUCUUUUUAUGGACGUCACGGUUAAACUGUCAUGUAACACGACACACACCUGUUGGAAAAGCAAUUCAAUACAACUAUUGUUCCUAUA